AUGCCAAAGCAACCGAGGCUACGCAGACUAUCCUCAUCCACCGUUUCUGAGGGCAAGCCUUUGCCACGUCUGGAUGAAAAGCAGACCUGGGGCGGUGCGGACAGUGAUGCGAUGCGCCUCGAAUUGAUGUCAGAGCGCGUCUGCAGGGUCAAUGGACCGGGUCUGUGGUCAAUCAUCAGCAUUGCAUCUUCUGGCAAAUGA